AUGCGUCAGUCAGUAGGUAAACAAAAUGGCGGCGGAGAAGACAGGAGGCAAGGGCCCUCCGAGUACUUCGGGAAUUGUAAGGGUUGGAUAUUACGAAAUGGAAAGAACAAUCGGGAAAGGAAAUUUUGCUGUUGUAAAGUUAGCUACACAUAUUGUCACUAAAACAAAGGUGGCCAUAAAGAUUAUAGACAAGACACAGUUAGAUGAGGAGAAUAUACAGAAGAUAUUCAGGGAAAUACAAAUAAUGAAACUUCUACGACAUCCCCACAUAAUUCGACUUUAUCAGGUUAUGGAAAGUGAGAGAAUGCUAUAUCUAGUCACUGAAUAUGCGAGUGGAGGUGAAAUAUUUGAUCACCUUGUUGCGCAUGGAAGAAUGAAUGAAAAAGAGGCGAGAAAGAAAUUUAAGCAGAUAGUUGCGGCUGUAUCAUAUUGUCACAGUCGGCAUGUAGUACAUAGAGAUUUAAAAGCUGAAAACUUACUGCUAGAUGCUGCACUCAAUAUUAAAAUAGCAGAUUUUGGGUUCAGCAAUUUAUUUGACACAGACACAAAAUUGAAAACGUGGUGUGGCAGUCCACCUUAUGCAGCUCCUGAACUAUUUGAAGGCAGAGAAUAUGAUGCCCCAAAAGUUGAUAUAUGGAGUCUGGGUGUAGUAUUAUAUGUGCUGGUCUGUGGUGCUCUACCCUUUGAUGGCAGUUCAUUACAAAGUUUACGGACACGGGUGCUUAGUGGGAAAUUCAGAGUUCCCUUUUUUAUGUCAACAGACUGUGAAGAUUUAAUUAAACAAAUGUUGACAGUAGACUGUAAAAAACGUAUAACUAUGGAACAAAUAAUAAAUCAUAGAUGGAUGCAGUUAGGUGACGAUGACACUGAAUUCGUACAAAUGAUACGCGAGUUUAAUACACAUUGUGAUUUAGAAUCAGAGACUGACGACGAUCUUAAUGAAGCUGUGUUAGAACAAAUGGUGAAUAUUCAUAGAUUGGAUAGGGAGAAAACAUUAGAAUCUGUAAAAAAUUCUGCUUACGACCAUCAUAGUGCUAUAUAUCAUCUCAUGUUGGAUAAAAUUAAAAAGCAUCCAAAGACUUUGUUGAACAAAAUCCAUCCAGAUCUGCUUGCAGCUUCACAAAACUUGCCAAUGGCGACACGAACGGAAAGACGUUCUAGUAUUACAACGGGAGUUGUGGAGAGAGUGGAGGUACCGGUAGAAGAGGUUGGACCAAGCACAACACCACCUUUAUUGAGGACACCGCAUGUUCCACAGAUGCAGUUUUAUAAUGAAAAUAAUCAUUUGGAAGACACAAACUACUCAGACUCUGAUGAAGAGCCCUCACCAGAAGCUUUAGCUCGGUAUCUUGCCAUGCGAAGACACACUGUUGGCGUGGGUGACAGUCGACAUGAAGUUCCUGAUGAUUUACGAAUGAAAUUAGGGCAACAUCAGCAACUGUUUGCCAUGCCUCAGCCCAACUGCUUUAUGCCAUUUGGGUUCAAUCCUCUAGGAGGCAUCUCUCCUUACAAUAACUUGCCAAUGGGUGCUUUCCCACCCCUUAUGACUCAACAUCAGUACAAUGUGCCAAUGGGCGAUCAGCAAUAUUUACAGUUACCUCCAAUGAUGGGAGCAGGUGGAGGUGCGAACUUAAAUCGACGAGCAUCAGAUGGCGGGGCUAAUAUCCAUAGGUUUUGUCGACAGAUGAUGCCUGGAAAUAGUCAAGCUGGCAGCAUGGAAACAUUGACGGCACAAGGUGCUGGAUUACCUCUUACUGUAGAGGAGAAAGAAGAUGCUUCAUCUGACCAGGAACCUGAUCAAGAUGCUGUACAAAGAUACCUUGCAAGUAGAGGAAGAGGUAAACGUCACACACUGGCAGUAUCAGACCCUGUACAUGAGGUUCCCCUUGACCUUAGUAUGGGCCUUCUACAGCAGCCAAUUAGAGCAACUAGGAGAUCUUCGGAAAGGGGACUAUCCCCCUAUUCCUACAAAGAGGAGAACAUAUUACAUUUACCUAACGACAGGUUUUCACAGGUGCGACGGGCCAGUGAUGGGUUACCUGGCAGUGCAUUACACAAGCACCAGUUGACAAACCUGGAGAAAAUAUACAAUCAGACUCUGAUGAAUCAGCAGUCAACCAGACCAAGUAGCCAAAAUAGUCUUAAACAGUUGCAACAAGAAUGCCAUGAACUGCAGAAGCAAGUAAUUAGUGGAACAGAGCAUCACUUGUUACAUCGUCGUCCAGCAAGUAUGUCAGCAUCACGUAUUCCGUCCCCGCCGGUCACACCAGCAUCACCCGUCUUUCAGCAUCGUAGUCCAUCUAGCCCAGAUUCUCAGAGUAGUGCCAACCUAUAUCAGCAUUUACAGAGACUUCAUCUAACUCAGCAAAUCAGGGGUGCUGGUUCGCCAACAUUCCGAAGAAGUAGUCCCCCGAAUUUAGCUAGUCUCGGCCAACAAGGCUCGGAAAGUCCACCUCAGUCAUUUCCAAAUCUCUUACAGAACAUCCCCCCAGGACAUCAUAGGAGCAGUCCUCCGCCAAAUUUUCAGAACUUACAAAUAAUUAAAGAAGAUUCACUAGACUUGGAUAAAAGUUCACAAUCAGAAAGUGAAGAAGAUAUGUUAGUGCAAGAAAACGGUGACAACACUGAUCCAGUUGCUGCUAAUCAAAGGGCAUACCCAAAGGGUAAACCUCAGAUUAGUAUAACAGACACACAGGGUCAUGUGACUGCUGUCACUUCAGAUGGAGAUUCCGAAUCAGAAAAGGGAGACAAUUCUGACAGUGCAACAGUUUCGCCUAGUUCACCAUCGAAUGUUCCCACAAGUUUACCCUUUAAUUACAACUACAAGUUACCAUAUGGUAGCCCAGUUCACUCAAACCUUGCAAACAUUCCACCGGAGACUAAGGUCACCGGAAUUACUCAAGAUUUGUACUAUACCUCCUCAAAUGUUAAUUGGUUAACUCAUCAACAACAGCUGUACUUGCAAAGACUUCAAAGUAUUCAAAAUGCCGCUAAUUUACCAAACAUCGGGAGUUUCAGCAAUUAUACAGGAAAGUUUAGUGCUCAACAUUCGCAGCCAUCAUCUCCAAAAGGAUGGGAGAUUAGUAGUGAGGGCAUGUAUAGUAAGACAGCCAGUGAUUGGCUGAUAACUUCAGGCAAUAGCCAAUCAGAGAGAACCGAUAUUAAUGGCUCAGCUCCAUCAUUAAAAGUGGGUGGAGAGUGUGAAUUGACCAAAGUAGGUUCUUAUGUGAAUGUCUCAUCAAAACGAUCAGUGGAAGAUAUUCUGAAUGAUAUCAGGAAGAUAUUAGAACAAAGUGGUCCCCAGAUUGCUUAUAAGUGCUCAGAAAAUCGAGUGCAGCUGGCUAAUUCGGACGUUUCUAUGGAAGUGGAAGUUUGUGAAGGGGUAGAUGCUAGUAGGCUUCAAGUUCGUAGAAUCUCGGGAGAUAGGGGUUGUUAUCAACAACUGUGUCAGGAACUCCUUGCAGGCAUUAAUAUAUGAAAUUGUCAAGUUUUUUUUGUCUUUUUUCUUUCUUAAUGUAUGUUUUUUAAAUUAUUAAUUAUCAAAUUUUUUUUCUUUUAAUAUUAGAUUUUUAAGCCAAAUGUAACAUCAUAGAAAGUUUUAUAUGCAUAUGUUUCUUCAGCUAAGUACUUGUAUAGGUAUUUACUCUUUAUAAAAUCAUGUUAAGAUUGAAGACUUUUUUCCAAUGGAAAAAACAAGAUUAGUUUAUUAUUUCUUAUUGUUUGGUCAGUAUUUUGCCAUUACAAGCAGCAGAUUAUUUCUGCUAGAUAUGCAAAUUUGAAGCAUAUAUACAUAUAUUUUAUCCUUUUUAAAGAUAACAUAGUAAGUUUUAAACAUUUAUAAAAAUAUAUAUUGUUGUGUUUUGUAGAAAUGUAUUUAUAAGGUACGUCUUACAAUACUGAAGAAAAAAAGUCUUUUAUUUUAUUCUAUUUUUUACAUAAUUAUGAAUGAAGAUCAUGGUCAAAUAUAAAGUACAUAUUGGAUUGUAGUAUUUAUUACAAAGGCUGAUAUGUAAUGAAAAAAAAAUAUAUUUUUUCAUUUUUGUUUUGUUUAUCUUAAAUAAAUUAAUCCUUUCAACAUGUGCUAAAAAAAACUUGAUAAAUUUACAAAUUCUACUCUUUAUUCCUUUAGAAAACUUUCACAAAAUAACAGAUCACAUACAUGGUAUUGAAAAUUGGAUAAGUAAGAUUUAUAAGAGCUUCUUUAUUUGUUAUGAAAAAACAUGAUAAAGUAUGUAUUUAACCUUCAACUGAUAACCUCCUUAAGUUAUUAUAAACCUUGCUGUUGUGGGUUCAAAUCCUGAUAGGGACUUUGAAUUCUUUUCAUUUGCGGAAGCUAUCCAGCUAGCUUAAGGAACUACUCAGGUGCCUUUUUGUGCCUGAAAAAAAUGCACAGUAGGGCACCCAAGGUCUUCUGCCACAAGUAAAGCUAGAUAGUCACCAUAUGACUUCUACCGUGUUGGUGCAACAUAAAACCUAACUAAAGAAAAAGUUUAUAUUUUAUGCUUUGACCAUUAUCAAUUCUAUGGCUAUCAAGAUAGAUCAGUCCAAAGUACACAACCUGAAGACUGUCUGCAUGGAGGUAAUUACUGCAUGGAGGCUUAUUCUGGUAAAUUAGAAUUUAACUUGAACCAUUUUGUGGUAGUCUCAAACAGUAAGCCACCUAUGCCAUUAGUAUAAAGCUAGGCAAAUCUGCACAUGCGGACAGUGUCAUUAGACUGUACACCAUAAUUAUAUACUACACCAUAUACUACUCAAAUUAGACAAUUGGUCACAAGUAAAAUCAGCUGUGGAAUGGGUUAAAUAGUUGAAGUGUUUUUUCAGAAAUGUAAACGACGUAAAAAGCUCUUAAAAUUAUUUUAAUUGGUCAGCACAGCAUAUUUAGUGAAAAAUUUGUUUCUAGGCAACACUAUUUUGACAUAUCGAUCUUUUGUAAAAAAAAAAAACAAAAAAAACACACAUGGUUUGAAGUAAGCUUGUUCAUCUAACAUGAUAGGAUUUAAUUUACUGGUAGAGUUGGUAUGACCAGUAUAGAUAGAUAUAAAACUGCUGAGGUAAAUGCUAGGAUAAAUUUGAAAAUAGAACAAAAAAUGUGUCUGGGUUGCAGAAAGUUAUGUAUUGUUUUAAGUUUGUUCUUGGUAUUGUAUUUUUAUCAUAAAUCUUAACAUUUUUAUACCAACUUCGAUAGAAUUGUACUUGCUUUGGUGGGUAGAUACAUAAUAAAUGAGGGUAAAUAUUUUCCAUAGGGGUUAUUUCUAUGGGGGGGGGGGUAAAUAUUUUUUAUAGGGGUAAUUUCUAUGGGGUUAAAUAUUUUCUAUAGGGGUAAUUUCUGUGGGGGUAAAUAUUUACUAAAAAUCUAGGGGGUUAAACAUUUAUUCAAAAUCAGAGCAAUACAGUAAUGAAACUAUAAUAUUUAUUUAUUACUGGUUUUACUGAAGCUUACAUACUCGUGUUAUGCAGUGUAAUGCAGAGAAAAAUGGAAAUAAAAGUAAUGAAAAGUAUGUUUUUUAGAUUCUGCAAUGAAAGCAAUUAGAUGCAUGUUUUGCGCAAACUACAAUUGAAUUUAUGAUUAUUAUCACUAUAUACUAUUCAUUACUAUGCAUAUAGUAAUGGCUAUUUCCGCAAAUUUUGACGUAAUAUAGGUAAUUUAUGUGGAUGGAUGCUUUUUAAGUCUACCAUUAAUCACCUUCUUUCAGUUUAAAUGAAAUUUCUUUAAUGACAUACCAGCACAUAAAAGUUUAUAUAUUUUACAUAAUUUUUAUUGAUAUAAAUUAAAAAAAGCAAUGUUGUUGUUUUUUUUUUCUUUAAAAAUAAAAAAACAAAACUUGUAGACCUGAUUUAAGUUCUUUUUUAGAAUGUGCUGACUUGGAACACUAUGCAAGUAAAGGAGGACAACUCUUCAGUAAUUUUUACUAAAGUUAUUAAAAUCUUGGUGGCAUUAUCUCCCUUCUUGUAUAUAUAUUUGUCUCUAAUAUAAUGAAAGGGAUGUUUCAAGUUUUGGCAAAACCUGCUUGUGCCAAAGAAAGCACCCACUAUAUGUAAAAAGACAAAUAUGAAUACCGUAUAUGAAAAAUUACCUACAUAAGUGAUCUGUAUUUCACAAGUGCAGAUAUGCUUGUAGCUGGAAGUUUUCAAACAAGUUUUGAUCUGUAGACUUUCUUAAUAAGAUUUUUCGUUUUUUGUUUCUAAUGGUGCUUUUGUAAAUGUUAACUUAUUUGUGAUAAUUCUAAAUGAUUUGAAUUUUUAAAAAUAUAAUUAAUAUAUUAUCUCUUGUAUAGAUAUUAUAUAUUUUGCUGAAAGUGUGAAUGUUACAUGAUAUGUACAUGUAAUUUUUAAAAUGUGAGUGUGGUUUUUUUUUCAAGAUCUUUUGAAUGUUUUUAUUGUAAGGGAUGACCCUAAAGUGGUAUCUUUUAACCUUCCUUUGCCUCAUUAAAUCUCUCCUGUAUUUGAUAAAAAAAAAAAAUUAAGGAAAGAAAAAAAAAGAAUAUUUAUUCAUCAUUGCAUGGUAUUUAAAAAAACCCAAAAACAUCACAUAGUGAUUAGAGGUGAUUAUGGACUCAUUGUUAGGCAGUUAGUUUUAAAGAAGAAAAAAAAAGAAAAAACAAUGUAAACUGGAUGUGUUAUAGUAAAACAUCAUUGACAGCACACUGGACUUACUCUGACAAUGUUAACUAUGUUUGGUUAAAAAAAAAUUCCAAAGUCAAAUACUAAUUGGUCUAUAUGGACCCUAACAGGUAGACAUUAAUGAAAUUAUAGUUAACCGGAUAUAUCCAGAUUUUUUUGUGUAGCCACUCUCAAAUUUUAACUGUAAUUGUUUAUUCCUAAUACUACUUCGAGUUUUAUUUUACUUUUAUUUUGUUGCUCCUUGUUUUAUUAAAACUGUUUUUGAUUGGCUAUAAUAAUCAGCAAAUUAUGCCAACUGUCCUAGAGUCUAAUGCAGUAAAAUAUAUUUCAGAUUUUUAUUAACCUUUAAGUGUCACUUAAUAUAUUGAUAACACUAUAUAAAAGGGGAUAAAAUUAGAUUUUAAGAGAUUGACCGAUCUUUCUUUUGAUUAUAAUAAUGUGAUUGCAAAGCUGCUGUAAACUGUUUGAAAUAAGUUUGACUUUACUAUUCAUAUGAUAAUUUAUUAUCUGUGGCAAUACAAACAAAACUUAUUUAAAAGAUAAAUUCUGUUUUUUUAAUGUAUUAUACAUUAUAACAAAAAAAUGCAGCAAUUUCCUUUUACUUAACUCACCUAAUGUCUUGGUCUGAGCUUCCAAACUGUGCUUUUGGUAUUUUGUGGAUAUGUAGGUUAACCAGUCAACAGUGACGAGCUUGGGCAGAUCGUAUCCAAGCUGACCCGACCCUGACAUUUGAAGUCUAGAUUUUUAUCUUAAAACAUCUGUGAGUAUAGGUCAGGGUCAAGAAUAAUUUAAAAUGAUGCUUAAUAUGUAAAAGAGAGGCCCUCAAAUGUAUCUGUGAUUUUUUUUUUAAUCAUCAACAUUUUCAUUUGUAUGAUAUUCAAAAUAUUUUAAACUGACAGUUGGUUUAUUUAUGAUGGGUUAUAUGCAUUUAUGGAAUAAUAUUUUAUUUAUGUUAGUUCUUUUUUUUUAUGAAAAUGAUCAUCAAUGAUACAUGUGUGUUUUACUUUAAGACAAUGCACCGCAUCACAACAAAUCCAACAUAGUGCGUUAGCGACCAGCAUGGAUCCACACCAGACUGAGCGUCCGCGCAGUCUGAUCAGGAUCCAUACAGUUCGCUAUAGUUUUCUCUACUUGUAAUAGAGUUGGUAAGGGAACAGCAUGGAUUCUGAUCAGACUGUGCGGAUGCGCAGGCUAGUCUGGAUCCAUGCUGGUCGCAAACGCACUAUGUUGGUUUUGUCGUGACACGGCUCAAAUUAUGAUAUUUACUUUUUCUCUUUUGUUUGGUCUAGUCUGUACACAAUAUCUGUCAAACAUGUUUUGUGGUCUUGUAUUUUUACAAAAAUGUUUUGUGGUCUUAUAUUUUUACACAGAACAUUACAAAGUUUCUUUCAAUGUGCUAUCCUUGACAGGUAUUGAGGAAAGCUUUAAAUUGCAAUUAGAGAAAUGAAAAAAUAAAUGAAUAAAAAUAAUUUUGCUUUCCUCGAGUUAUGGAAUCAUUAUUUAUCUUAAAGCAUUGUGAGAAAACCUCAGCGUUCAAUUUCCGAUUCACUUGUUUAUGUUGUUUGGAAUUCUAUUUUGAACAUGUUUGAAAUAAACAGAAAGCAGGAUAAGUUUUGUGAUUAAGGUUAUAUUAUAUCUUUAUAUUUCACCCAAAAGCUAACCUUGUAUAAUUUACAAUGCCUAUCUUGAUAAAAAUGAAUAAAACUUUUGUUGAGAAGUGAUAUUACCAAGCGCUAAAAACUAAGACUGGCAUGUGAAUGUCUGUUAUAUGUUCUGUUUGUUAGACCUUUGUCAUAAGAUUUUUGUCAAUCAGAAUUAUAUUGGCCUACCAUCCCACCAAACUUAAUUUAUAGUGGUGACAAAUUAUUUCUAUGGGGGUGAAUUUUACAAGUAUUUUGCUUCUUGGAAAAAAAAUCAACCAAAUUGAAUACAAAACAAUUAAGUACUAUAAAUGAAAUGUGAGAUGUGAAGUUGAAUAAGAUUUGAAGGUAAAUUAUAACAAUAGCUUGAAACAAGGGGACUAAAGCAUUUUAGUAUCUACUUUUUAAAAAGUUAAUUUGUAGGUUUUUUUUAAAUGACUUUUACAGAGUAUUUAACCCAUAACCUGCUAGAAGUAAAAGUGAUAAGCCUUUACCACCACCAGUAUAGAGCUAGGCCAGGUUGUACCUUAUGUGCAGUCUGAUCAGGCUUCAUACUGUCACUGGGCUGACUUAACAUUUGAGCCGCGUCACGACAAAACCAACAUAGUGCGUUUGCGAACAGCAUGGAUCCAGACCAGCCUGCGCAUCCGCGCAGUCUGAUCAGGAUCCAUGCUGUUCGCUUACCAACUCUAUUACAAGUAGAGAAACUGAUAGCGAACAGCAUGGAUCCUGAUUAGACUGCGCAGAGGCGCAGGCUGGUCUGGAUCCAUGCUGGUCGCAAACCUAUUAUGUUGGUUUUGUCAUGACACGGCUCAUUUUUAUCUUGAUAUUCUCAACAUUGAUUAUGGACUGUUCCAAAAAAUGGAAGCUGGACAAGUCCAUUUUAAGAAGUUUAGCAGGUUAUGGGUUAAAUAUAUACAUGUAUAGUAAUUAUUGUUAUCUGCUAUAUUCUACCUAACAACUGGAACUUCCAGCUAAUGAGAACAAUAGGUAUAACUAUUUACAGGUGUCAUGGUUCCUAUGAUACAUUUGUUUGAAAUGAACAUAUCAAAAAUUUGCUCUCACAUUGUACAAGAGUUACUUUGCAUAUUUGACAAGUUUGUCUGCUUUGCUCUUACAUAUAUGGACAUAAUUACUUUUAU